AUGGGCAGAGUAGUUUUGGGGAGUAGCAGGGCAGCCAUUGCAGUGUCGUGGCUCAGUAACAAAAUACGAACGGGCUGAGGAAGACCUGGCAGCCGCUCUCCCUGUUCUCUUUGACCGACAGAUUCAUUUACAUGACUGUUAGAGCGAAGACACUCGGUAAAUAAAUCUACAUCUAAACAACCGAAUUGAACAGCUCCGGAUAUGUCAUUCCUAUUUGAUUGGAUUUAUAACGGUUUCAAUAGCGUACUACAGUUUUUAGGACUGUACAAGAAAUCCGGCAAGUUAGUUUUUCUUGGCCUGGACAAUGCUGGCAAAACGACGCUACUGCACAUGCUCAAAGAUGACAGAUUGGGACAGCAUGUGCCAACUUUACACCCAACAUCAGAGGAGCUGACGAUUGCUGGCAUGACGUUCACCACCUUUGACCUUGGAGGACAUGCACAAGCCCGGAGAGUGUGGAAAAACUACCUCCCUGCCAUUAAUGGUAUCGUGUUCCUCGUGGAUUGUGCAGACCAUCCGAGAUUGGCUGAAUCAAAAACAGAACUUGAUGCAUUGAUGACAGACGAGACCAUCGGAAAUGUGCCUAUCUUAAUCCUUGGCAACAAAAUUGACAGGCCUGAAGCUGUGAGCGAGGAGAAACUGAGGGAAUAUUUUGGAUUGUACGGACAGACGACAGGCAAGGGCAACGUUCCAAUGAAGGAGCUGAACACAAGACCACUGGAGGUGUUCAUGUGCAGCGUGUUGAAGAGGCAGGGCUACGGAGAGGGCUUUCGCUGGCUGUCCCAGUACAUUGACUAGAGCGGCCCAGCCCCGUAACCCACCCGCCAUCAUCAACACUACCGCCUAGGGGGCGCCAAAACCAGCCACUCGAGAUGCCCAUCAUUACCACCAGUACCAUCAUACUCAGCCCCAUGUUCGGUUAAUCAAGUCUGCCUCCGCCUCCAGAGAAACCAGUACGACUCGAUCCCAAUAGACUUUUAUUGGUCGAACAUUUGGUUCCGCACUUACUGCGUCCAUACAUGUUUGCGCACAUUCAUCAUCGUCUCUUUUUCUUUUUUUCAAGAGAGUGCUCCACGGCAACGUGGUUUACGUUCAAAUGAUUGAAUCUUUUCUAUAAUGUGUCUGUCAUUUGCUGUCUUCUGUCCCUCCUCACCGCCAUCUGUUGAGUGCAAGAAAUUUAAAUCUCUGUAUGAUUCUAUUGGUAAACCAACUUCCUCCCCCCUUGUUCAACUUCUCUGGAGCAAGUGAGAGACGGCUAUAGAGUUGUAUACAUAGCAGUACACUUUUUUUUUUACAGAUAAAGAAGUUCAUUCCACAUUGUAUUUAAUCGCAGUGUUUUUGCUUUGUCCUGUUUUUUUUUUCUUCCUUUCUUUUCCCUCUCUUUGACAUGGUUUGAGUAAACACAAGAUGCAGCCACGUAAACAGCCCUCACCGUCACACAUUUGGCUGUUUCACCAGUGUAUAUGAAUGGAGCUGUGCAUUUAUCUUAGUGUAUCAUAAAUUAGAUCCAUAUCUUUUUGUGGAAGUUGACAGCUUUGUUUCAGGCUUCUGUUUUCUAUGCAGGACAGAUCUGAAUGGAUCCAAAUAGUCAGUGGGCUCCCUUUUUAAAAAAAACAACCAGUGGGUGGUAAAUCUGCUAAAGAGGGGGAACGAUUUUUUAAAAUCCUAUUUAAUGCAUUAAAUAGGAAAUGAUACUGGCUAUAACUAUGGCAACAUCUGAAAACAAAUUAUGUAGAUAUCCCAAUGGUCAGCUGAUGCAAAGACAGAUAUUUAAAAUUAAAACUUUGUAAUAAAUCAGCUGAUCAGAACAUGCCAUAAGAGAUGAGGGGAGGAAUUAUUAGGCUAUAUUAGAAGUCAUGCAACAAGUGAAACCAUUUUAUAGGCUGAAUUUAGUGAACACAGCAGAGACAAGUUGACUGGCUUUGGACACCAACAAAGGGACCAGAUGUAUAUUAAAUGUACACGAACAUCGUACAUGGAUUUUCUAUUUGAGGGGUAUCCUUUGAAAUAUGUGCAUUAACAGGAACUAUUAUGCAUGCCUUGUUCUUUUUGAUUAUUUUUAAAAACCAUUAACUCGAUAAGAGGGAAGACGAUGCCAAAAUUAUCAACUAGAGAUGAUUGUCAUGUUUUGUUUUUUUAAGGAAACAAUGGAAAAUCUGUCCCUUUGUGUCUCUUUCAUUCCCUCAUGACUAAGUAAUGAGCUGUUUCAACAUGGAUGGGACUUGCUGUUGUUUGCAUCAUUAAAAAAUGUAAUAAAUGUUUGCAAUGAAUAAUUGGCCGAAUUAAUCUAAUAUUUGUCCAAUCCUGAGCAACAGAAAAUGUUUUACAGUACCAAGAUGUAUAUUUACAUUGAAUCUAUCAUUGUGGUAUUGCUAUGAGCACAAUUUCUAAAAUUAAAGCAUCUAUGGCAAACUUUUAGAAUAAAGGAUUAUUUAGUAAAUCAAAAAGUGAUAAAAUACACUGUUGUGGAAAGGUUUUUGAUUUUAUCUGUUUCAGAUCUUUGUCACCAAUUUUAAUAUUCAACACAGAACCGGAGUACAUACAAAAUGCAGCUUUCAAAGUAUAUAAUUUAUUAGGGAGAAAACGUCCAAACUAACUAGGCCCUAUGUGGAAAAGUAUUCACCUUCCCUCCCCUUCAUCAAUUAAAUGACUAACCACACAUGCAAAGCUGAGUUCAGUUUGACAACUUGUACCCAGCCCUGAUUACUGGCAAAUUCUAAAUGAAAGAACCUGUCUGACAACAGGAAGUAGGUUUAAAUACUCCAAACACUUGAGGGACAGAAAAGAUUGGAAAAAGUAGGUGCACUGGAGAAACCUGAUGCUUUUUUGUGUCUCAGUAACUUUCAGCGUUUUUCCCUCAAUAAAAAAAAUGACUUGAAAUUUGCAUUUUUAAAAUACUUUCUGGUUUUCUUUGAUAUUCAAGUUUGUUUUGUGAUCUUAAACGGUGACGUGUGACAAAAUAGCAACAACAGAAGAAAUUUGUUAUUGGGAUAAAAAAUGUUUGAUUUUUCUUAAACUCAAAAUCAAAAAGUUGACUGAAAAAACAGAGUUUGAAUUUCAAUGGAAAAAAAAAACAAUGCUUCAAAUAUAUAAUUAAAAGCCCCAAUUUAACAUUCCUGCCCAAGAUAACAGUAUAUAAAUUUCUGUACUGUAGUGUAACAGCUUUUAAAAUUUACUAAUCUUGUAUCAGAACAAAAAACUUUAACUAUCUGAACAGAAAGCUUGUGUGAUUUGAAUUCUCUAAAUGUAAAAUGACACUCAAAUAAAAGAUAGUGGUUAUCUG